AUGCAGCUGCCCGGUCGCCUGAUCGAGAACUCCAUAAACGGCCAAGGCACAAAUCGCAGGGAACUUUCCUGGGCAUCUCUGCUCUUUUCCGGCUGGCCGGUGUUGAAUUGCCCAGAAGGGCUAUGCAUAUAUCCAAUCAAUCGUUGGAGCAUACGUCAGCCAAAUUCGAUCGAGAACAUCUCCCCUCCUCUUUCUUCACCGCUGCCCUCGCCCUCGCCCUCCCCAACCAUCAACAACCAAAACAAUAAUAAUCCAUCCCGCCUCCAUACCGCCCACUUAGCGGCAUCCCCCUCCCUCCCCAUUGCCAAGCAGUCGCCAGUUUUCCAGACACCCGACAGCCUGUUGACCAUGUCUACUACUGCUACCCCCGCUCACCACCAGAGUACUCUGCACAGGAUCAUUCUUCCUAUCCUCUUUUCGCUUGCGCUGUUAUUCUCGGUCAUCCAGUUCAUAAUCACUGCCGUCCUCGUCCAUGAUUACGACGACCAUGGCUAUCCUAGCGGCAGCCACCGUGACAGGCUCCGUUUCCUCCUGUUCACCUCGUGCUGGUCCUUGCUCUUCUUACCGAUCUACCUUUUCGCCAACUUGAGACUUCUCGGCCAUGUCCUUUCGUCCGUCGCCUCCAACCUCGGGUUCAUCGCGUUAACCUGGCUCUUUUGGUUGUGCGCUGCUGCCUCCUGGACCGACGUCUUGGGUGGCACCGUACAAUGCGGCGAUCUGUUCCUCAACAAUCAAGUCAUCGACAUCAGCGUGCCGUACUGCGGGGCUUCGAGAGCUGUUCAGGCAUUCGCCUGGAUGCUAUGGCUCCUCUUCUCGGCUGCGUUGAUAUACAUCACCACCGUGGCAUUCCGGGCCAAAUCUCACUCGUCCGGUCUCACGGGUCCGAUGCGCCAAGUUCCGGCGGCCACCUCCGCCGCAUAA